AUGGGCCUAUACACCCCUGAGCCUGACCUGUGCGGCCACUUCUCUCCGCAACACAAUGCUUGGACAAAUGGCGACCCAUCAUGGUCCGGCUUCCUUGCUCUGCCUCUGCCAGCUGCCCAGUCAUCAGCAUUUCUGCCUCUGUCUGGCGCAGCUGCCCCAGUCCAGUCUGGGGCGGCUCACCCUCCCGUACCUGCCUCACGGCCACCUGUCCCUGUGCCACCCAGGACUGCCCUUUACUAUGCUACUGUAGUAGGGGCUGCGGGUGCAGCCUCUGCAUUGCAGGCUGGCAUGCCUGCGACCCUCCAGGAUGUAGUUCAACUCCUGCUGGAAAUCCGGGCCAAGGUCAGGGACUUGAGUGUGAGGGGUCACUGCCUUGGAGCGACAGCGGGACGCAGCGAGCCUUCCGCCCCAGCCAGUGCCCACCCCUCUCUAGCCAGCGCCCCAACCUGCCCGCAAGAACCAGCCCCAGAGUGUGCCGGCCAGCCCCCAGCCCUAACUAGCGUCUGCUGUGGUCCAGCAUGCCCCAGCCCGCAGCCUCAGCCAGUGUCUGUCCCGGUACGUCCUUCGCCCCAGUCUGCCCCUGAUAGCCAGCCCCAGAGUGUGCCGGCUAGUUCUCAACCCUGGCGAGUCCAGCCACCAGCCCCAGUCCAGCCACUGCUCCCACCAGCCCCGGCCUAG